AUGCUGAUAGCCAGCCUGCCCGAGGAGGUGCUCUACGCGCUGCUCGGCUACCCUGGCAGCGUCGUCGUGCUGUGUGCCGACGGUACGUUUGGCCUCGCGGACGACCUCGUCCUUGACCCUUCCGAACGGCGGCUGAUCGAGCGGCUGCUGCAACUCGGCACGUGCUCUGCCGCCCUCGACGGCUUUGUGACGGAGCAGCUGUACGAUUGGCGCGGUGGCGGCGCGCGUGAUCCGCACAUCGCCGCCUUUGCCACGGGCCUCGAGGAGUGCCUCGCGCCGUACCGGUCCUGCAUCCUGGCGCUGGAGCAGCGACUGAUUGCCGAUGGCACGCUGCCGCUGCUCGAGCUGCAGCUGUCCGUCGACCGCUUCUGCCUGGCGCUGCCCCGGCUGCGCUCGCUCGCCGAGAGAGUGCGCGCCGAGGCGAUCGGCGCCGCGCCGCUGCUCGACCUCCUCUCGGACGAGCACGCGGUGGCGGUCGGGCACAGCCGCGAGUGCGUCCGGCUGCUCCUGUGGCACGUGCAGCGCGUCUUCCUCGCGCAGCUGUCGACGUGGCUGCUGCACGGCGAGCUGCUCCCCGCCUCGGCCGCCUCCUUCUUCAUCCAGCCCGUCGAUGCGCCCGUCGAUGCGCCCGCCGCCGCGCCCGCCGCCGCGCCCGCCGCCGCCGCCGCCGCGCCCGCCACCGCCCCCGACGCCGAGGAGCGGCUGUGGCGCAGCUACGAGGUCGUGGUCCCGCUCAAGCCGCUGCUCCUCCCGCUGCGCGUCGCCGAGCAGGCGCUCUUCGUGGGCAAGGCCGCCCGCCUCCUCCGCGCCGCCGCCGCGCCGCCGAGCGGCUCUCGGCGGGGCGGCGGCGGGACGCGCGGCGGCGGGCGCGGCGCAGCGAGCGAGUUGGUCUCGGCGCUCGACGGCUUCGAGUCGGAGCUGGGCGAGCUGCGCUGCUCUCGGCGCGUGGCCUCGGUCGGCGAGGUUGGCGCGGCGGUCGGCCGGAUGGGCGCCAUCGCUACGCGGCUGCUCUGGUCGCACCUCGUCCUCGAGCGGGGCCUGCCGCGGCUGCUCGAGGCGCUCAAGGCGCACUUCCUGCUCGGCCGGGGCGAGGUGUACCACCGCCUCCUCCUCGAGCUCCUCCCGGCGAUGCGCAAGCCGCCCGCGCCCUCGCUCGACCUCGGCCUCGCCCUCAGCCACGCCCUCGCCGCCUCGGGGCCCGAGCGGCCGCACGAGGCGGGGCUGGCGCUCACUCUGCCGCCCGCGGCGGCGGGCGAGUCGGCGUACGCCGCCUGGCGCCGCCUCGGCCUCCGCCUGCCGGUCGAGUGGCCGCUCUCGCUGCUGUGCGGCGGCGAGGCCCUCCGCCGCUACUCGGCCCUCUUCUCGCGGCUGCUGACGGUCAAGCGGGUGCAGAUGGAGCUGCACGCGGCGUGGGCGUCGCAGAUGGGCCGCGGCGAGCGGGGGCGCUCCCCCCCGGAGCAGGCGGCGCUGCGCCCCCUCUGGCGGCUGCGAGCGCACAUGGCCUUUUGGGUCGACUCGCUGCAGUACUACCUGCAGGUCGACGUGCUCGACGUGGGCUGGCAGGCGCUGGCCGCGGCGGCGGCGGAGGAGGAGGACUUCGAGGCGCUCGCGGCGGCGCACGAGGCGACGCUCGCCUCGCUCUCCUCGCAGUGCUUCCUGCAGGCCGGCUCCGUCUCGGCGGCGCUCCACUCCCUCUUCCAGCUCUGUCUCGCGCUCUGCCGGCUGGCCGAGCUCGCCGACACGGGGCUGCGGCAGCCGGCGGAGUGGGCGGCGCAGGUGGACGCAAUCGCGCGCGAGUUUGAGCGGCAGACCUCCUUCCUCCUCGCCCACCUCUCGAGCCUCGCCAGCCCGCAGGCGUCCCCCCACCUCAGUCAGCUGCUGCUCCGGCUCAACUUCAACGGGAUGUUCCGGGCGCGCGCUGCAAGGCCGGGCACUCAAAACACGGCAGACGAGGAGGCGCCGCUGAUGGCGGGCGGCGUGACCCGGCGCGCGCCCCCGCGCGCGUGCGGCUACGGCUACGGCGGCUCGGGCGGCGGCGGCGGCGGCGGCUACCCCGGCGGCAGCUACACCGAGGUCGAGUAUCACCGCGGCCGGAAGCCGUCCAUGUCGGGCAGCCUGAUCGGCUCGGUCGUCGGGCUCUUCCUCCUCGCCGGCGCGACCGCGCUGCUGUGGACGAACGAGGGCUCGGCGGUCGCGGCCCAGUACGGGCUUCUCGAGGCGGAGAGGCACCACGCGGCCGGCACGGGCGGCGUGGCGCACCUGAGCGGGGAGCUUCGCGGCCGCGGCGACGGCAUGCUGCGCGACGACGCCUUCGACGUCCACGCGGCGGCCAUCUGGCUGGAGCGGGUGGCGGAGGUGUACCUCUGGAAGGAGCACGCGCACGAGAGCCGCAGAAAGGUGCCCGACGGGAGGGGCGGCACGAUGACGGAGACGGUAAAGACGUACUCGUACCGGGAGCAGUGGUCGAGCCGCGAGGUGCGCUCGGCCGAGUUCCGAGACCCGCGCGCGCCAGCCAACCCGAGCUUCGACGAGGCGCUGCGUGACGCGGGGCCCGGCUUCUCGAACGAGCGGUGGAGCCAGCCGGUGACGCUGCAUGGGCUGCAGCUCGCGCGCGGGCUGCUGCAGCAAGCCGGCGACGGGGAGAGGCUCGGCCACAGCGUCUACGCGCCGGGCUGCGAGGGCGGCCGGCCGGCGAUCGGGUGCGCUCGCCUCUCGUGGAAGCACGCGCCGCUCGGCGAGGUGAGCGUCCUCGCCCGCCGCGCGAGAGACGGGCUCGAGCCGUGGGUCGCCUCGUCGGGCUUCGAGCUCGCGAUGCUGCGGCGCGGCCAGCACACGCCGGCGGCCAUGUUCGCGGCCGCGGCGGGCGCCAACGCGGCGUGGAAGUGGGGCAUGCGCGCGCUCGGCGGCGUCCUCGUCUGGGCGGGGUGGGGCCUCGUCCUCGGCCCGUUCUCGUACCUCGCCUCGUGGGUGCCUCUCCUCGGCGGGCUGGUGGGGUGCGCGGUCGGGCUGCUCGCGCUCAGCCUGGCCGCCGCGCAGACCCUCGUGGUCGUCGCGCUGGCGUGGCUCUGGUACCGGCCCCUCCUCUCGGCCACCCUCCUCGCCCUGGCGGCCGCCUCGUUGUUCCUCGGCUACGGAAGCCUCCGCAGCCUCCGCCGCGGCGGUGCGCGCGCGGCCAGCGCGCCGAGGCCGGCGGCGUCGGCGGCGUCGGCCGCGGCCGCAGCGGCCACUGCACGGGCGACGGGCGACUCCCCUGCCUCCGUCCAAGUUGGGGAGAGGCUGGCGCAGCUCAAGUCGAUGCUGGACCGGGGCCUGAUCACCCAGGCGGACUACGACGCCAAGAAGGAGGAGCUGCUCAGCAGGAUGUGAUGCCACCGCCGCGCCUGCCGCCUCGCAUGUAGUCCCUCCCCCAAGCUGCGGCAGCGCGCAUGCGCAAUGAGGGAGUGGGGGCCGCUUGGACGCCUCCCGACCUCCGCCAGUCGGCCUAGAGCAGGGAGGGGCUCACUAGAGUCUAGACGCGGUGGUCGUAGCGCUCACGUGGGUGACACAAAACUCUUUCGGGGGGUUAUGGAUUUGGAUUGUGGGUUUUGCUAGGCCUACACUCUAGAUCUCUACACUCUAGGGCGUGUUUUUUGUGUGGGUGUUUUGUGGGGUUUCUACGGCUUACGUACGGGG